UUUAUUUUCUACUUCUAUCAGUCAUUUAUUUUGUAUAUAUUAUCUCAUUCUUAGAGUACAUAACAGUUGCAUUCCAUUCUGUCAUCAGUACAUAUAUUUGUUUUCAUCUUAAAUCUACAAUUAAUGUAUUGGUGCUCACUAUCAGUCCUUUUGCUGAAAUUUUUCCUGUUGUUCAGUGGUUUCAGUUUGUCCUCAAGUUGUUUCUUUAAGAAGGUUUCAUAUGGAUAAAUGCUGAGAUUUUGCAGGGUCAGUAGCCUUAUUUAUGAAAGACUGUUUGGCUAACUACAAAAUUACUGACUCACACUUUCUUUCCUUGAGUGUCUUUUGGAAAAUUAUCCACUGUCUUCUGACAUUGAAUGCCCAGUUAGAGAAGAAUGAUGCUGGUGUACUUUUUUUUUCUUAGAAGAGUUCAGCUUUAAGUAAUCCCAGUAACUCAGGAGGCUGAGGCAGGAGGAUCUCAAGUUCAAAGCCAGUCUCGGCAACUUUGCAAGGCCCUAAGCAAUUUCAUGAGACCCUGUCUCAAAAUAAAAAAUAAAAAGGGCUAGGGAUAUAACCCAGUGGUUAAGCUCCCCUGUGUUCAGUUCCUAGUACCAAAGAAAAGGGAUCUGUUUGUUUGUUUUGUUUUGUUUUAUUUUCCCUUUUUAAGACAGUGUCUUGCUGAGUUGCACCCAGGGAUGGUCUUGAACUCAUGAUCUUCCUGCCUUAGUCUCCUAAAGAGUGGAUUUCAGGCACAUGCUGCAGAGCUUGACUUUAGGGAUUUGUUUUUUGUCUGGUUGCUAAAAGUAUUUUUUCCGACUCUUUUAUUAGAUAUUUUUUACUUAGUUGGCCAUGUGGAGUCAAUUUUAUUUAGAAUAUGAGAUUCCCUUUGAAAAUAUAGGUAGGUACAAGUCAUAUCUUUUUUAAAAAAAUAAAUAUCAGCUUAUUUUCACUUUAAAAAUUUCCAUCCAAUGUGUAUACUUUACCAAGUGUUUGUGGCAGUUUAAUUUUUAUUUUUGAAUUAAAAAAAUGUUUUUCUUCCAUUUCUUUGCUGAGUUUUGCUGUGCAUUUUAACUGCAUUAUGCAUUUUUGAACACAUGUUAAAAAGUAGGGUUGUAUUUUCAUCUAUUUUGUGAUAUUGUCUGUUGAUUUUUUGUUGUUGUUGUUAAAGAUGUUACACUGCCCUUUCCCCCCCACACACAAUUUUUACCUGGUAUCUUUGUGUAGAUACAUACUGGGUUUUUGUUGUUCAUAUUUGAUCAAGAUGCAUUCUUUCAAACUACCUAUUAAGAGGGAAAUUACAGGUAUGCCAAGAACAUUAGUUGCAUCUUAGGUGCAAGAUAGUUUUCCUGGUUUCUCUGCUCAAAACUUCUGUCCUCUUUUGUGCCAGUGGAUUCAUUCUUCAAAGUAUAGCCACAUCUUCUGGGCCUCUCUAACUUAAGUGAUUUAAGUAGUGUGAACUAUCAGCCUUGAGUUCCCACAGGUUCUUAUAGCUUCUACUACCAAAAGAUAUGACUUCUGCCUUCUAAAUUUCUUGCUUUGUAUGUUAACAAUUCGAGAAUUUGGGAAAUUAUAUACAAGUUUUUAUACAACUUUCCUGUAAGUUUGAAAGAAAAAUGCAUGCCUCACUUUUAGAAGAGUAGUUUUUUCUGAGACUGAAACUUUUCCCUCCACUUACUCUCAUGACACUUUCUAUAUCUCCUUCUCUAGUUGCUUCUGAGAUUUCCCUGAUCCAGUCUCAAUUAUAAAUGUUGCAAUUCUGACUUAAGAGAGGAACCUUUUUUGGGGGGAGUGAAAAUUUGCUAUUCCCCCACUAUUUUAUACUUUUUGUCAUUCUCCCAUGCUCAGAUGUGGCUUCUUGCAUAGGUUCUAGUAGUCCCGGGUACUUUGGGCCAUGUUUACUUAUGAUUUGGUAUUUUCUGCUUUUUAUUAUCUUCUAGUUUUACUGAAGAUAUAUGGGUUUGUUUUGUUUUGUUCUUUUUCUUAACUUUCUCUUUGUUGCUCUACACAGGUCCUAGGAGAAAGAUGGGGAAAUUUGGAAAUUGCUAUUAUGUUCCUACUGGAACAUGAAGUCUAGCUUUGGAAAUUUUUAAGAAUAAUUUCUAAAUAAUCUAUCAAAGAAAUCACAAAAGAAAUUUGAAUUUCAAAUUGAGUGAUUAACAGUACACAUCAGAACUGGCAUAAUUGACUAAAACAAUGCUUAGAGAGAAUUUAGAACUUUAAAUGCCUAUUACAAAAAAAGAAAAGCAUCAGUGACCUGAGUAUUCAUCUCAACAGUUAGAAAAAUAACAGAAAAUUAAAUUCAAAGAGAAUAGAAGAAAAUAAAAGCUAAAAAUAGAAACCAAUGAGGGGGGUAAAACUUAUUUCCUUUAAGUAGGGAGACUUCAAAGAUUCUUAAGAAGGAUAGUGACAUGAUCAUAUUUGUUUUCCAGAAAGAGACCUCUGGCAGCAGUGUGGAGAAUAGAUAGAGGAGAAAAAAACUAAUCUGAGAAGCCAGUUAGGAGGCUUUUCAAUCACUAGUUCAGGUUUCAAUCUACAUGUUACUUCCUUGAGAAGCGUUGUUUGACAGACACCCUUCUCCCCCAUCCAGCCAUCCCCCAAGUCUGAGUUAGUUUCUGCCACUGCCUUCUACAAAGCACAACCUGUAAUUCAGUUCAUGUGUGAAGUUCUUGAUAUUCACAAUAUUGAUGAACAACCAAGACCUCUGACUGAUUCUCACCGGGUAAAAUUCACCAAAGAGAUAAAAGGUCUGAAGGUUGAAGUGACUCAUUGUGGAACAAUGAGACGGAAAUACCGUGUUUGUAAUGUAACAAGAAGGCCUGCCAGUCAUCAAACCUUUCCCUUACAGCUAGAAAAUGGCCAAACUGUGGAGAGAACAGUAGCUCAGUAUUUCAGAGAAAAGUACACUCUUCAGUUGAAGUACCCACACCUUCCCUGUCUGCAAGUGGGGCAGGAGCAGAAACAUACCUACCUGCCGCUGGAAGUCUGUAAUAUUGUGGCAGGACAACGAUGUAUUAAGAAACUAACAGACAAUCAGACUUCAACUAUGAUCAAGGCAACAGCAAGAUCUGCACCAGAUAGACAAGAGGAAAUUAGCAGAUUGGUAAGAAGUGCAAAUUAUGAAACAGAUCCAUUUGUUCAGGAGUUUCAAUUUAAAGUUCGAGAUGAAAUGGCCCAUGUAACCGGACGUGUACUUCCAGCACCUAUGCUCCAGUAUGGAGGACGGAAUCGGACAGUGGCAACACCAAGCCACGGAGUAUGGGAUAUGCGAGGAAAACAGUUCCACACAGGAGUUGAAAUCAAAAUGUGGGCUAUAGCUUGUUUUGCCACACAGAGGCAGUGCAGAGAAGAAAUUUUAAAGGGUUUCACAGACCAACUGCGUAAGAUUUCCAAGGAUGCAGGGAUGCCCAUCCAGGGCCAGCCAUGCUUCUGCAAAUACGCACAGGGCGCAGACAGCGUAGAGCCCAUGUUCCGGCACCUCAAGAAUACAUACUCUGGGUUACAGCUCAUUAUUGUCAUCCUGCCAGGAAAGACACCAGUGUAUGCGGAGGUGAAACGUGUAGGAGAUACACUUUUGGGUAUGGCUACACAGUGUGUUCAAGUGAAGAAUGUAAUAAAAACAUCUCCUCAAACUCUUUCAAAUUUGUGCCUAAAGAUUAAUGUUAAACUCGGCGGGAUAAAUAAUAUUCUUGUACCUCAUCAAAGACCUUCUGUGUUCCAGCAACCAGUGAUCUUUUUGGGAGCAGAUGUCACUCAUCCACCUGCUGGUGAUGGGAAAAAACCUUCUAUUGCUGCUGUUGUAGGUAGUAUGGAUGCCCACCCAAGCAGAUACUGUGCCACAGUAAGAGUUCAGAGACCCAGGCAGGAGAUCAUCCAGGACUUGGCAUCCAUGGUCCGAGAACUUCUCAUUCAAUUUUAUAAGUCAACUCGGUUCAAACCUACUCGUAUCAUCUUUUAUCGGGAUGGUGUUUCAGAGGGACAGUUUAGACAGGUGUUAUAUUAUGAGCUACUAGCAAUUCGAGAAGCCUGCAUCAGUUUGGAGAAAGACUAUCAACCUGGAAUAACCUAUAUCGUAGUACAGAAGAGACAUCACACUCGACUAUUUUGUGCUGAUAGGACAGAAAGGGUCGGAAGAAGUGGCAAUAUCCCAGCUGGAACAACAGUUGAUACAGACAUUACACACCCGUAUGAGUUUGAUUUUUACCUCUGUAGCCAUGCUGGAAUACAGGGUACCAGCCGUCCUUCACACUACCAUGUUUUAUGGGAUGAUAACUGCUUUACUGCAGAUGAACUUCAGCUGCUAACUUACCAGCUCUGCCACACUUACGUACGCUGUACACGAUCUGUUUCUAUACCUGCACCAGCGUAUUAUGCUCACCUGGUAGCAUUCAGAGCCAGAUAUCAUCUUGUGGACAAAGAACAUGACAGUGCUGAAGGAAGCCACGUUUCAGGACAGAGCAAUGGGCGAGAUCCACAAGCUCUUGCCAAGGCUGUACAGAUUCACCAAGAUACCUUACGCACAAUGUACUUUGCUUAAGUCCAAGGAAGAACUGAAAGAUGCGUCGACACAACGUAUGUUUUGAGUGAGUUGAUUGAGUAGGGACACCUCCAACCAUACAGAAGCCAGUGCUGUGUGGAUGUCUGCUUCUUAUGUUGAUAGAAGGAAAUUGUUUACUUCAUCGAGGAACGCAGCACCAUUAUGCAAUAUGAAACCAGCCAGCUGCUUUUUGUGCGGUCUCCUGUAGGAAGUAUCGCAAUUGUUUUGUUUUCACUUCUUAUAGUCUAACCCUUUUAAUGCCUUUACCUCAAGUUGCUUGGCAGCACAACUAUCUUUGCAAAAAAAAAGUAAAGAAAAAGUAAAUGAUGGUUUAAAAACACAUACCUAUACGAAUAAUCAAAGUGAUUGUUCACAACUAUGUGUGCAAAAAAAUUAAUGUGUGUUCAUAUAUUCUUGUAAAAGGAGUCUGUGUAUUUUAAAAAUAUAUACAUGUAUACUUCAUAUGCAUAUAUAUCUGAAUCUAGAUAAUAGAUAUAUAUGUGUCUGUGUAUAUAUUUUGUAGUUCAUUCCAAUGGGGAGCUUUCUUUCCCUUUUAUUCUCCCCUCACUACCACCUUUAUUUUCCUCUCUACCUUCCUUGCCUUCGUCUACAUUUUUUCAUUAAUGCUAUCAGUGACAUUCAGAUGUUCAUAUGUAUGAUUUAUUUGAAUGUGAAGCAUGGCAAACUAUAGAUUUCUAUUUUAUUUUGCACACCUUAUACCUUUCUUCUAUCUCAUACACAGUUCUGAGUCCUCAACUCUUGAUAUUGCGUUUUGUAUGAGCGUGUGUCUCUCCCUCCUGCUCUGAACUUAUAUUUGCCAUUUGUGCAAUGUGUACAUAAGCAGUAGCAACCCAAAUGAUUCCUUUUCUUUAGUGAGUUUGUUGAAGCUGCUAUAAAUAUAAAACCUUGUCAGAAGUUGUCACUUUUUCUCUCUGAUAUGCGUUAUGUAAUUCUAAAACCUUCUGUUUCUGUGAGUUACACAUGAAAAUCCCUUAAAUCUUUUAUAAAUGGUAAAUAUUUUGAAAGAUUGGAACUCUGUAGGGUUGAGGCCUCUGAAAUUGUGUGUGGGGGGGGACAGAGAGAGAAAGAGAGAGAGAAGGGAUUGUUGUGGAGGGGUGCAUUUUGUUUUUUGCUAGUUUACUUGCUGCCUCUCAUACCUUAAUGUGAUUUUCAUAUAUAUAUAUUUUUAUAUAUAUGUAUGUGUGUAUAUAUAAACAUAUAUGUAUGUGUUUUGAAGUACAGCUUCCUUUUCUUUUAUAUUUAUUAGAAUAGUGCUUUAAUAAUUAUAGAACUGUAUUGGCAACAUCUUUUAUAGAAAUAUAAUCAUGCUUAUUUUAAGAACCGACAACAUGUUUUUGCUAUUUUUAGUGCAAUAAGCAGUUUUAAAGGACAGUUGUGUCUGUUUGACAUCUUUACAAUGGAUAGUAGGAAAAACAGGCACCUCCAUUAUUUUAAAAGGGCAAAGUAAUCCAGCCUUAAUUGAAGAAGGAAAGUUUCGUAAUUUUCAAUUUUAAUGCAUGUCUUUUAAAAUUUAUAAUGAAAACGAAGGAAGUAAAAUUAUUUAAAUGAGUCUGACCUUGAAUAUCAGAAAUAAAGUUGAACUUUGAUUUAGUGAAGAGCUUAAGAUUUAAAAGAUUUUUAAAUUAUUUGAAAAUAGAUCAUGUUUGUUGAAGAAUCAUAUGGGCAAAGUACCCAUUUUAUUUACUAAAAUGAAUCAGGAAUAUACAGAAUGGUAUUUUUAAAAGAUUUUUCUGCUGAUUUAUCACUAAUGUAACUUUCUUUUCAAAAUUAAGGUGAUGGUGACAAAGGAAUUUAAGACAUUGAUCAUUUUAAAUGAGUUAAAAAUGUGAGGAAAACUUUUUACGGAACUUUUGUUUUAUUGAUUUCACUUUAAAAUACUUAAAAAGUACUAUUAAUCUUUCAAAACCAAGUUUAUCAGUACCAUUGGAGUCAGGGGAGCUUUGCACUUUGUAACUCAUAAAAAUUGCAUUUGAGGGUUUUUUGUUUUGUUUUUUAACACUGGUUCAAAGUAUAAGUAUUACAGAUCGUUUCCAGUGGGCAUUGGUGUUAGCCUUUCAGAAUUCCAUCUGCACAUGAAAACUAAUGGAUUUAGACCUUUAGUUUUUCUCACACCUGUAAUCCACUAUUAUUGCCUAUUUACUGUAUUUUGAGCCUAAAAUCUGAGCCCAUGUCCUCCAACAGGUAUGAAGUCUUUUGUCCCUUUGCCAGAAAACUAAAAAAGUACUGUAUUUUGUAUGAUUAUUAUUUUGAAGUAUCUGAAAUGCAAUUUACAACACUGUUUCAAAGCACUUUACAUAAGAUAAUAUUUGUAUAGUAUAUACAUUUUGUUUCUUCAAGCCUUCUCUCAUCUUCUCCCCAAAAAUUCUUUUAAAACGUGUUUGGGUUUUUUGUUUGUUUAAUUUUUGUUUUGUCUUGGUUUGUUUCUUGAGACAGGGUCUCACUGUGUGGCCCAGACUGGUUUCAAACUCAGAGGCUCACGUAAUCCUCCCACCUGAGCCUUCCCAGUAGCUGGGACUACAGGUAUGCACCACACCUGGCUGUUUUUUUAUAUUGAAGUUUCAUGAAUAUAGUCAAGAACAUAGGAAAGAAAAGAAAAUAGUAUAUCCUAAAUGUAAAAACUUGGUUUAUGCUUGCUUAAUAUAAAUAAAACCAUCUUCCUUUGUCUGUGGCAUCUGUACAUAUUCAUGUGAGAGACUUUAGGGAGCAACUGUGGAUACCAUGUCCCUGUUUACUACUUUACCUAAUUUUCAGUCACUUAGGCUCACAUUGGCUAAAGUGAAGCCCUUAAUUUAAAUCUAUUUGGAAGGACUUUUUUAAGAGGAGAAAUAUUUUUUCUAAAAUAUAAAGUUUUACCUUUUGAGUGAUUUCUUUUUUAGAGUGCUCUUAAAUUAUUCAGCAUUGCUGGUUUAAGAUUCUUAACUUGGAAGAAUAUGUCUAGUAAAUUUCUAUUUUGCUUACUAAUAAGUUGGUAUACCAAACUUAAUUAUAAGAAACCUGUGCUUUGAAUUUUAAGAUAUAAGACUAAGUGGCAGUCACCUCUUGAAAAUUGUUCUAGUUAUUUUUGCACUCUGGAUAGAAUUCCUAAUCUUUUCUGUUUAAAAAAAACAAACAAAAAAAAAAACAUGAAACUCACAGUGACGUUUCUACCCUUGCACUUAUUCUUUAACUAUAUGAUGAAUGCUAAAUUUUGAUCUGCUGUUUUCUGUGUUGUAUCUCAUGAGAGUGACUUUAAAAUGUCAGUCACGGAAACUGAUAUAAUGAUUUUAUGUGAAGAAUUAUGAGUUUGGACUGAGUGUAUAGCUCAGUGGUACAGUACUUGCUAAGCAUGUGCAAGGCCCUAGGCUCAAUCCCAGCACCACAAACAAAAAACAGAAUAAUUAGAAAUUUAAUAUAUAUUCUUGAUGGUAAAGUUGUCUAUGUAAAGUGCCCUAUGUAUGUUAUUAUAUUACAGUAUCACAUUACUGGCAUUGAGGACCACACAUUUAUAAUACUGUAGCUGCUAUAUUUAUUCCAGUCAACAUUUACUGCACUAAACAAUAAGGAGAUGAGCAGGAUUCAAGGCUACUAUUAGACCCUUUUUGUUGUUUUUCUAAGAUUUGAGGACAUGAGAUAUCAAGGUAACACAGGGUGCUGCCAUUUUAGUUUCAAUUUAUUAUUAGAAUAUCCCUGUUUUAGACACAUAGAUUUUUACUUUUAUACUUUGAAAAAGGGUACCUCAGCCUCCUCAGUACUGGUUUUUGGCACAUUUUCACAGAAAUACAGAUGCCCUUUUUAAUAGUUACCUUUUAAUAAGUUUCUUAGAAAAACUAUAUUACAAGUUCCAUGAAAAUAUUCUUAUUUAUAACCUAUUAAUUUAUUUCUCUGCUUAGAAGAGAGUGUAGAAUGGAUUCUAGUGGGCAUGGACUGGGUGUUUGGGAAGGCCCCUCAACAAAGAUUCAUCUCUAUCCAGUCUUCUAGACCAAUGGAAGUUUUCCAAACUAGAUCCUUUGUGAUCCACUGUGACCUAAUGUUGACUUGUAUCUUCUCUGAUGGAUUUCAGGAUGACAGACAUGACUGAUUGGGAAUCAUGACAAGACUUAUCAUAUGCUUAGGGAAAUAAAAGCUGAGCUGCUACUUUGUAGAAAGGGCUGGUAGAGGAUCCCAGCAUCAGAGAAAGUGAGCAAGCACUCUGUGCCAAUAGUAAAUCUGAAUUCCAGAAUAGACAUCAAGAAAUGGGUGGAUCUUUUCAGAGGCUCAUGACUUUGUGGAGAGCAGUGAUUUUUAUGAAAUUCAAUAGCCGUUUGGACAUGGCUAGAACAUUUUAUAGUCUUCCUAUCGGAAACUUGAUAAUAUAAGUGACAACUCUGCAUAAUUUUCAUUGUGUCAUUAAAUCUGAGUUAAAUGUUUACCUAAAUCAUCCUCUUAGAUUUUCUCCUAUUGAAGAAAAAAAAGACUGCCCUUAACAGUACCUUGCCACUUAAAUUAUAUGAGCUCAUCAAGCUGCAAAGAGAAAUCAUUAGUCCAGCAUCUUUAUUUCAGCUUUUUUUUUUUUUUCACGGGGGAGGGAGUACUGGGGAUUAAACUCAGGGGCACUUGACCACUGAGCCACAUCCCCAGCCCUAUUUUGUAUUUUAUUUAGAGACAGGGUCUCACUGAGUUGCUUACUUAGCGCCUCACCAUUGCUGAGGUUGGCUUUGAACUUUUGAUCCUCCUGUCUCAGCCUCCCGAGCUGCUGGGAUUACAGGGGUGCACCACCAUGCUAUUUCAGCUUUUUUAUCCAUACAGAUUGUUAGUUCUUUUUGAGAAUUUGUGGAUAUCUUAAAGCUUCAAUAGUAAUAGUUGGGGGACUUUAUAUCAAGUGAGGUCGUAUCACCCUGAUUUAGGGUGUGUCUUUGUUUUGCUAUUUCCCUCUCAUUUGAUCUUAUAAAGCGCCUUUGUGAGCUAUAGAAAUCAAAAAAUAGGCCAAGCAUAGAUUGUAAAAAUCAUUACAGAAUUCACAUAAUUUUCCAAAAAAAAAUUAAAGGGGAUUUUUAAAAUUUCUGUUUAUACUGGGAACAUUCUUGUUCAGUGACAAUAUUAGAAAUGGUACUGUGAUUAAUGAAUGACAAGUUAAGUCCCAGAAGGGGGAUAGGGCUGGGGAGAGUGAAAGAGAUAGAUCUCACAAAGGGAAAAAUAUUUUUACUUUUUUCCUACUUUUAAAAAUGGUACAUUUAAUUUUAUAAUUUACAGUAUUUCAUUUUUAAUAGUCAAGGCUUAUUCUACUAUUAUCUGCUGCUAGCUUAAAAAUUUUUCCUUUACCCAUCAAAAACAGUGCUCUAAAUUUUUACACUGUUGAUUAAAUCUCCAAGAUCUUUUUGUUAACAAUUUUUAUUUGAAUUAAAGAUAGAAAAAUAAUAAAUUUAAUAUGGAGGGUUGAAAUUUACCCAUGACAAACCCUACUGAAGUAUUAGGUAACAAAUAUGACAAAUUUAGGGUCUUCUCAAAUCAUCUGUCCAAUCACUGGGCUCCCUUCCUUUUUGAAACCAAUGUCUGAGGUAACCAAAAUCUAAUGUAGCUAUGUUAUAUUCUCAGUAAAGCAAAGAUAUUCUUCAGUAGACUUUGAAUUGAAUUUUUAAAUCAUUUUUUAAAACAAGGCGGUUCUUAGAAAGUGCCUUUUCAGAAGAUGGUGCUGUAGAAUUUUAUUUUUCAGUUCUCAUGACACUAAAAAUUUGGAAGACAAAUUAUUUUAGAACUUCAAGAGUAUGACAGUUUCAUAUAAAUAAUGUUAUUCAUUGUCCUAAAUCUGGUCAGGGGAACAAGGAAUACUAUUAUGCAGUAAAAUAUCUAGGUAAAUGCUCACCAAAUUUAUCGUGUAAAUUUGAAAAUAAAAAUUUUAACAGAUUAACCCUUUUAAUUCUCACCUGUGUUUAAGGUAACCUAUAAUGCAUAUAAAACAGCAAAUCUACUUAACUUCUUACCAAGACGAUGAGUAUUGUAGCAAGUAUCCUAAGGAAAAGAACCCUGCCAGGAAUUAUAUGUCAUAGGCUACCUUUCCAUUUUUUUCAGCAUAGAUUGCUGGCUGUAACCUUUUCUAAUUAUCAUUAUUAAGGAAGAAUGCUUAUACAGGGAGAGCUAAGUCAUCAUUGAGAUCAGUUUAAGAAAGCAAGCAAAAUGAUUAUGUCUCUAGGGAAAUUUUCUUUUUUUUUUUUUUUUUUUUUUUUUUUACACUGAAGUAGGUGUUUGUUUUGGUUUUUGGCUUUGUUUUGGUUUGGGUUUUUUGUUUUGUUUUUGUUGUUUUUGUUUUUUGUGUGUGUGUAUGUGGGGUUUUGGGGGUUUGUUGUUGUUGUUGUUGUUGGUUUGUUUGUGGUACUGGGGAUUGAACUCAGGACCUUGAACAUGCAGGCAAGUGCUUUGCCACUGAGCUACAUCCCAGCUCUGCACUAAAAAUUCUUUCUCUCCACCCCACUGCACCUAAGGUGGGGGAAACAUGAAAAAUGACUACAGUACAUUUAAAAGGACAUGAUGAUAAGUUAUUUAAAAAUAGAACAUGGGACUGGGGAUAUAGAUCAGUGGUAGAACUCAUUUGUAGAAUGCAUAUUGAGUAUGCUUGAGUCCCUGGGUACAUUCCCCCGGGCACUGUAAAAAGAAAAAAGGAAAAAAAUACACACACACACACACACUGUAUGUGUAUUCACACAUGUGCAAAUUGGGGCUUUGGAGGAGAUAAGCAAAAGAAAGGAAGAUAGAAGGACCAUUUAUACUUACUAGAAAUCUGGUAAUCUAACAGAAACCAAUUUUUCCCUGUAUUAAGAAGCAGUAAACAGCAGUAAAUGAUUACUUAACAAGUUCUGGUGAAUUUGGUGAGCAUUCCUCCAUAAAAUAAGCAGACUAAAAAUAAAUAUAAAUACACACCUCAGUAACUUUAUAUGCUGCAUCAUGUAAUGACAGUAAAAUAACACUGACCAUUUGGAGUGUAUUGUGUCUUUGCAAAUAUACAUGCACAUUAAACUUUUUCAUUUUUAUAAUGUCUUAAUAGCAAUUAUGAGUUUAUUUUUUUAAGAUUAAUUUUUCUAUUGUGAUGAUUAUAUUUAUUGGCAAUUUGUGCAACCUUUACAUUUUGCUUCAAUGUUGGUUUAAGGUAUUUUAUUUUUAUAGAUAUUUCUAGCUUUCCUCUUUCUUUGUAAUAUUAGCAAAAAUUAAGAUGGUGUGUUAAUAUACCAAACAAACUACUAAUUUAGAGUUUGGAUUUUUACCAAUAAAACCAUUAACAUUAUUUUAUAACUUAGACUAUUUAACGUUAUUUAUAUAGUGGGCAUUAAAGACAGUCUUUAGGUAGAUUUCUAUGUGUGGAGGGGAAGUGGGGCUUUUAGAUCUUAUUUCUUUUUUCUUAGUAGUAAACUAACACUAACAUGUUGGAUUUAUUUACCUGUUUGCAGUUUUUGGAAAAGUUGUUGAAUAAUUCAUUGUUUAAUUUCUUUUUUUAACUUUAGGUACAUUGUUCAGCAUUAAGAUUAUGAUAUCAUUUUUAUAGGUCAGGAAAAUAAAUAGCAGAUGAUCCUGAAGUCAUUAAUAAUUGACUUUGAAAUGGGAUUUUUCCCUCCAUAAUUAUAUGGAAGAUUUAUUACUCCUUUCUUUUCCUAGCAUACUUUCUUUUCCUGCUUGGUACCGAGAAUUUAACCGAGGAGUGCUUUACCACUGAACUACAUCCCCAGCUUCUUUUUUUUUUUAUUUUGAGAUAGCCUUGAUAAGUUAUUAAGGGCCUUGCUAUAUUGCUGAGGAUGGCCUAGAAUUUGGAAUCCCCUUGUCUGGGCCUCCCCAGUCACUAGGAUUAUUGGUAGGAGCCUGGCUCCUAGCAUACUUGUUUUUUUGUUGUUGCGGGAGGGGAUUCCGGGGAUUGAACUUCGGGGCACUAGACCACUGAGCCACAUCCCUAGCCCUAUUUUGUAUUUUUUAUUAGAGACAGAGUCUCAUUGAGUUGAGUAGCGCCUCGCUAAAUUGCUGGGGCUGGCUUUGAACUUGCGAUCCUCCUGCCUCCACUCCAGAGCCACUGGGAUUACAGGCGUGCACCACUGUGCCCUGCUUCCUAGCAUACUUUUAAAGUUGAUUCAAACAGUUGUGGUGCCACAUGCCUAUAAUCCCAGCAACUGGGGAGGCUGAGGUAAGAGGACACAAGUUGGAGGCAAUUUAGGGAGAUUCUGUCUCAAAAUUUUUAAAAAGGCUGGAUAUGUCAGUCAUCAGUCAGUGGUAAAGCACCCCUGGGUUCAAUCUCCAGUCCCUCUCAAAAAAAGUUGAUUCAACUCCUGAGUACCAGUUUACAUAGCCAGAGAGUGUCACGGAUAUAACCUGAUUCUGUAGAGUAUUUCAGCUAAUUAAAGUUUUUACUAGUAAUGUAUGAAUGUGAAUUAAUCAGAAAGCAAUGAAAAAAUGAUUAUAGAAUAUUAAUUUCAAGCAUAUAUAGUUACUCCAGAUUCCUAGUGAAUAAAUCAACAUUAUUUCUAUUGGCAUAUAAAUUUUUUUAAUAAAGUGCAUGAGAAGAGUAUAUUCCCUUAAGAAGGUAAAAUAUUUUCAUUCUAUUUUUGCACUAUGAGUUUGCUUGGUAAGGAAUUUUUUUUCCUGUAAGAAAAAACAUGCAUGAGGCCCUGGUUCCAUCCCUAGCACCACCAAAAAAAUUGUUUAAAAGAUAACUUUUAUCUCAACCUCUUAAGUUUUAAAUUCCAAACUAUUGGGACUCAAUGUAUGACACUGUGCUGUACUGUAUUCUAUUCUUCCACUGAGAGAGGGAGGGAAAUGGGAAAGUUUCCUGGAAUUAUAAAGGGGAAAAUUUUAUUUUUAUAUUAUAUAAAAUGUUACAGCUUAAGAUGAGUCAGCAUAUCAUUUCUUUUAUCUUUUUCCCAGUUACAUAAUUUAUAAUAUACUACUCUGAGUUAUUUCCUUCACUCCCACAUCAAGUACUCAUUGAAGAUUAGGACUCAUUAUAGGAAUUUGUUACUAGUAAGUAAAAACUAAAUAUGUUUCAAGCAGACAUAUAUUUUUCUGCAAGCAUAAGUCGUUCUUUUAAGGAUAUUGAUUGCACUUAUAAUUUCAAUAGUUUUAUUUAUUACAUUUCACAUUGUCUUAGGUUGACAGGCGCAUAAUUUUGGUGGACGAAUUACCUCUAUUCCUGUAUUUUCCCUUUUCCUUCCUCAAGUUCAUGGGAACCUGGCACACAGAGCUUAUUUUAACUGGUUGGCUUCAUAAAUCCACAUACCUGGCAUCAGUACUGUAUAAACAGGGAAGUAUUGUAAGGCUUGUUUAUAUUUGAAUCUCGCCUCUUCAGAAAGAAGUAUUUGUGCAGUAAGUAAGAGGCGAUCCAAAAAAAAGAACUGCCAUGAAAAGUCUCAUGAGUAGAAAACAGAUGGGAAAGUUGGUCAUUAGAACUUUGCAUUUGUUGUAUUCUUUCCAGAAAUUGACUGUGUGGACAUCUGUAACUUUAUGUUUGACAUUUAAGAGGCUGCAGCAAAAACUAGAGAGGGAAAUUAGUUUGAUGUUUAGUGUAUAAAACUUUCAUCUUCACUUCAUGACUUUCGAUUGGAAGAACAAACAAUCCCUGAAUUUAGCUCUUUAAUAGUCUUUUCAAACCAAAGAAGGAAAGACUCUUUCUGUAAAAAUGUUGCAUAUGUGAUUCUACCUUUCUCUAUUAUAAGAAUCUGUGACAAAAAAAUCUGUGAAGACAGGGGCCUUUGUAAAGAAACAGACUAGUGGGGUUGUGUGAGUAUGUAGUGAGGAGGAAUAAGGAGGUUUCUUUGCUGGAAUUCUUGGACAGAAACCUUACAGUUGUUUAAUAUUUGCCUCACACCCACAUAUUAAUAGAGCGACUCUUGCUAUGUGGACCAAUAAAAGAGACCUAAGAAGAGCGCUUCUGAACUCUACCUGUGUUAAGUGGUGUCCUAGACCCAGAGCUGCAUCUGGUAUGGGCAAGUUAGAUAAGUCUUAGAAGGUGCUUCUGAAUUAUUGUGAAGGAUUAAAUGAAAUACUUAUCCUCAGGUAGAACAAUGGCAUCACUCUCGAUGUAGUUCCCACUCUCCUUCUUUCUUUAGAAAACAGCAGUCUGGGCCUUUCCAGACAAGGAAGUCUCACCUAGAUAAAAAGUGUUUCUGGCAAAGGGUCUGGGGAAAUAGUGGUAGGAUGUAAUGAAGAAGGAAUUUGGGGCCACACACAGUGGUGCACGCCUGUAAUCUCAGUAGCUUGGGAGACUGAGGUAGGAGGAUCACGAGUUCAAAGGCAGCCUCUGCAAAAGCAAGGCACUAAGCAUCUCAGUGAGACCCUGUUUCUAAAUAAAAUACAAAAUAGGGCUGGGGAUGUGGCUCAGUGGUUGAGCAUCCCUGAGUUCAAUUCUUGGUACUCCAAAAAAAGAAGGAAUUUUGGGGUCAACAGUCCCAUCAGGCUAAUGGAUACAGUUUGGUCCCAGGGAGUUAACAAGAGUAAACUUUGGUUUUAGUAGCAACAAACUUGAUUUCCAGUGGUAAUUAAUUGCAAAUAUCUCCCUGUUUCACAGACUGGGAAUGAUCUCAUGUUAUCGAUGAUGACCCUGCAAAUGUGCAUGUGUUCUUUUUCAAAUUUAAAAACCAGAAAUAUAGGGGACUGGAAGUACAGCUUAAUGGUAAAGCAUGUGCUUAUUAGCAUGUCAGAGGACCUGGGUUCUAUCCCAGGAUCCAAAAACUAAAAAACACAAAAAUACAAAACCAGGAACAGCAGGCACUAACUGUAUUCCACUAGUUUAUCCUGCCAAGAUUCUCUAAAGUUUUCCAGGAGCUUUCUCAUGUUUUAGCCCAGGCUGCAACACCUUCUUUCUCUUUAGGGGAAAAAAAAAGAAGAGAAGAAAAAGGAUUUAGAGGUAGUUUAUGUGGAAUUCUUCUAUAGGUCUUUAAAAUACUCUGGGAAGGGGGAUCACACGCCAGGAGUUAUAAUUUCAUAGAAUGUUUUAGCAUUUUUGUUUGUUUCCCGGCACUGGGGAUUGAACCCAGGAGUGCUCUACCUCUGAGCUAAUUCCUAGUUCUUUGAUUUUUUUAUUUUGAGACAGGGUCUCACAAGGUUGCCCAGGCUGGCCUUGAACUUGGGAUCCUUAGCCUCAGCCUCCUGAGUCACUGGGAUUGCAGGUGUGUUGGUUUAUUUAAGUACCACCAUUCUUAGUUGUGAUACUAUCAGUGUUUUUAAUGUCAUUUAUGAAUCAUAAAGUUCUUUGUCUCUCCCCUCAUAUACACUCACAUAGACAUACACAGUUAAACAUAAAAGGGGCAAAAUGUAAAACAAAGACAUAAUAAGAAUCAUUAACAUGUAACCAUAGUUAAUGUAGAUAAAAAGAAAUUCUAACUCAGUUAAAAUUUUUAAAAAAAGAUUGAAAGUAUUAAUGCUGCAGGUAUUGUCUCUAGCCAUAUGUUUUUUUGCUAGUUAUAGUGAUAAUAUGAGAGAAUUUAUCCAUAAUAUUUUAUAGCAAAGUGAUAAAAUUAUUCUCAAUUCUUUUUCAGAACUUGAGGUUGAAUCCAGGGGUACUCUUAUCACUGAGCUACAUCCCUAGCCCUUUUUAUUUUUAUUUUGACACAGGGUCUUACCAAAUUGUCAAAACUGGCCUUGAACCUUCCUGUCUCAGCCUCCCAAGUAGCUGGGAUGUCAGGUCUAUGCCACUGUGGCAGGCUAGUUUAUGCUUUUAAUAAAUCUUUCCCCAAUUCAAACUUUUAAAAGUUCAUGACUUUUAUUCUGAUAUAUUACUUCUUAAAUGUACAUGAAUUAUAUUGAAUGAAUCACUAUUUAGCCUAUUCAUUCCUCUUAAUUUGCAUAUUUUGACUUCAGUUGUAGAGGUACUCAACCCAUUUCUUAGUCAUGCCUGAGCUGUAAAGGAGAAUGCCUGAAGUAUUUUCAAAAGCAGAAACAUUUAAAAGGUGAUAGUUUUGUGCUGGGGGUAUAGCUCAGUGGUAGAAUUGCUUGCGUAGCACAUGUGAAGCCAGGGGUUUAAUCUCCGGCACCACAAAAAUUAAAAAGUAAAUAAAAAUAGAAUAUCACAGUUAGGAAAAAAAGCUAUGGGGAUCUUAUGCCUUUGCUUAGAAUUUUAUCAUAGUUCUACCACUGAUGUGCUGUGUCCUUUGGCAAGCAAUUUCCUUAAUCUCAUGUGCCUAUUUCCCCUGGUAAAUGAUAGUGAUAAUACCUGCCCUCACCUACCUCACUAAAUUGUUGUGAGUAUAAGAUAAUGUUCGUGAAAAUGUUUGGGAUCUCCAGAAGAAUAGCUUCUCCGAAAUUCAUAAUGAUAGAAUAGUGUACAAAGGUUACAAAGGGUUCCUUUCCAGUUUGCCUCUGCGAAAGUGUCUUUAACAUGGAUCAUUUUAUGAAACAUAUAAGAGAAACAUAGGCCUUAUCAUAGUGUGGUGUUCCCUUAUAAAUGUGUCCUGUUCUGUUUCUUCUCUGCCAGAUACCCAGAACACAGACUGAAUUUUUCUUUGUAAUCAUCCUUGGCAAAAGCAUAGCUUUUCAAAAACCAAACUCCUUAUAGUGGUGCUAUGGCAGCUGCAAUUGCAUUUUGAGUUAGAGAUGUGGUGAGACCAUCAGAGACUCAAAUAUUGAUUUGGCCUGUUGUCUUCAGGCACUUUUGCUACACGGUGACCUCACGGGCUGUUGUAGGACCAGAUGGUUAUCCUUUUGUUUCUUGGCAGAUUUUCAGUACCUUUCUUUGGAAUAGAGGGUCUGUUUUAAGAAAGAAAGUGUGCUAACAUUAUUUUUUGCUUUGCAGAAUUGAACUUUGCUUUACUCUAAAAAUUCCAAUCAUCACAUAUCUGUGAAAGUUAAAUAUAUAUAUAUAGUGAACCAUUUUUUCUUUCUGUUAAUUUAAUUCUUAUCACCUAUUGGUGAUAUCAGGUUUCUGAUCCAGUUAUCCAUGGAUCAUGGGCAGGGCCUUACAUUUCAACAGGUUAUGCUUUUCUUUGUGGGGAGUGGGAUCCUGUUUCUAGGAAAUUACAAAGGGCACAUCACUGCAGAUGUAAGUAAUUCCUUCUUGCAAGGGACAAGAUUUUUUUUUUUUUUUUAAGAAAAAAGGAUGCAUUUUUGGUACACAGGGUAAGGACACAUUUAGCAUUUAGGCUUAUCUCUGUAGAUACAGCCUUCCCUUGCUGCAGGCAGUUGGACUUUUGUAACUCAUUGCUAACAAGGUGAUAUCUGUGAUUAGUUUUAUAGGACAAUGGGAGUUUCAAGUACUGGAGAUGAAGAGUUGGGGAGUUUUAUGCUUGAAAAAUGAACAAAAGUACAUCUUCUGCAGUGAGGUAGCUAAUGUUGAUAGAUCAGGAAUACUAUUCAACAGCUUUUGCUGUAUUGAGUAGCUUCAAUGUCUCUCUUCAGUAUGGAUGCAUAAAAAUAUUACUGUAUGUUCUGAAUAAAGAUCAUUUGUAUGGACAGUGUAUGGAUGCAUUUGUAGGUUGUGAAAAAGCAGUGGUGUGUGUAUGUGUGUAUAUGUAAAUAUUUUGUUUAGAACACUAUUACUUAAAUUUAUAUGGAAAUAAUAACAUGUUGUUUCUUUAGUGCUUGGGAAACUAAAAAUGCAAUAGGACCAUUCAUUGUAAUCUGCUCUAGAGAGCAUUUUUAUUAUACACCAUGCACACACAAACGCACACACAAAAGCAUUACCAACUGCUCUCACUUUAGAUAACUGCUGCUUUUUUAAAAAACCUUAAAUAAUGGAGGAUGAUAGCAUUCUUUUUAAAGAGGCUUUUCUGAAGAGUAAAAUGUAAAUAUAGGACAUGUGGGGAGGGUGGAGCCACUUGCAGAUGGACAAGUAGCCUUUUAAAUUUUCCUUUUUAAUCAUCUUGACCGUGUGUGCCUAUUUGUAUUGCAGAUGUGAACUACUAUUUCGGGGGGUCUAUAAUAGUAUGUUUUGAAACUGAAUUACUACAUAAACUCAGAAUAACCUCUUUCUCCAUCCACCUUUUUCACACUAAAUAUUCUUGCCAAAUAUUUCUACUGAUAUGAAGGCAAAAUGAUGGGACUCUCAAGCCUCCUUCCUCAUCUUCCCUACCUGUUGCAGCUCUGUCUUAUACCUGGCCUAGCCUUAUAAUUUUCGUUGGCUUUUCAUAAGUAAGAACAAUUAAUUAUAAUAUUUAAAGACUGCAUAAUUUCAAAAUGUUUGUAAGCUGCCUUUUUAGUUGUAUGGUUAUACAGCACCAUCAGUUAAGACCAGGAAGUGAGUCUGCAUCUGUAACGUGCUGUGGGUCCAGAUGAGGUAUGGAAUGAUACUAAACUUGUCUACAUUUUAAGAGGAAUUGGAACUUUUUAGAAGUGGAUGGGAAAGCAAGUCUACAAUAUAUAUGUAAUCACUGUAUGAUAAGGAAAACCAAAUGCUGAAUCCUAUCACUGUGUACUUGGGGGCCAGGCUAUGGAUUUGGCUGUCAUUUUUACCCUUGAAGAUUAUAUGUAAUUAUGAUAAGAAGACAAAUAAAGUUUUUAAACAAAAAGUGUUUGUUUUCAGUAUUUAAGAUUUGGUAGUAAAUUUUCUACUUUAAACUAUCUUCCAAAAAAAUUACUACAAAAAAAAUCUUAUGGGUGAGACUUGGAGGGUUGAGGAAGCUAAUUUUUAAAAAGUUCAGUCACUUGUAAUAAUUUGUUAAAUAAAUAGUCGUGAUUCCUUCUGAGCCAAACUGUCACUAAAAUGUCCCGUGACAGAACAACUCCUCUUUUUUCUGACAUUCUGCAUAAUGGAAGAAUUCUGUGUUGUAUUUGUUUUUAAUCCUUGACUCAUAAAAAAAAUAAUGAUUUUAGUGUUGCUUAGCUUGAGUUUAAAGUGUAACUUCCACUAACAACUGCAAUAAAAAGAAAAGCUUUGCUCCAA